AUAACACCAAAGUUUGCGUUUGUCUUUCAGACUUACAGACACAUCCAGUGUCACUUAAGUUUAACUUUUUGCAAGCUCCGUUUCUCCCCAGCAUAAGACGUGAUGGGCUCACAAUCAGCUGCUCUUUCUUCUCGAAACAGACCCUCAGACAUGCUCACCCCUGCUCCCCAAAAGAAAACGAAAUCAGACUUCUUAAAGAUCAUCAACCUUCCCAGGAAGACACUUGCCUCUCUGGACACACAGCUCAUUUUUGGGGUACUAGAUGAGUGUGUUCAGCAAAUGGGCAUAGUCUCCCUCCUACACACUUUGCUGAGGUGUACAGAAGCACUUUCCUUGAGUCUUGGGGAAGAGGUGGUCAGGGCGCUGAAAGAGCACCAAAGGCUUGGGGAAAUGUACCAAGCUGUGGUGCUUGAUGGGGGUCUCAAUCAAGGUGAACUCGGGGAACAACACGCCAAGUCAAAGGAAGUUCAGGACUCCUUCCGGAACAUUCUACGGAUAUUUAGGGUCAGACAGUACACAGGGUUAGAUCUGCUUAAAGGGCUAGGGCCUAACACAGAGGAAAGGAUGGAGUCUCAGAAGCUGAGGGAUGGCAUGUGUGAGUUAUGGGAAGUUGCAUCGGAGAGGCUGCUCACAUCCCCAGCAGAGAAAAGGGAACGCAGUCAGAUGAUGCGGGAAGUCAGCCUAUUACACCAUGAAAACCAAGAGCUGAUAGACUCACUAGACAAAGAGGUUGCCAUGGCAAUAAAACACAGGGACACAGAGAUCUCCACGUUGACAAAGAAAAUGCACCAGCUGAAGAGCUCACUGCAUCGGAUGGAAAAGGGCUUGGAGGAGUUUGUGGUCCGAACUCAACAGGAAGCUGAGAAACAGAGUCAAUCAGACAAGAAAACUUCAGAGGGGAAAACGGCUUGUGUGCAGGAGGAGGCCAAUCAACUGAGAGCUCAGUUCAAAAACGUGAUUGCAGAGAACAGAGAGAGAGAACUGGCACUACGAAAGAAAAAAUACAAGGAGGAAACUGAGAUAGAGAACUGGAUCCAGAAAUAUGAUGCUGAAAUGGGCGAGAAACAGACUGAGCUUGAGGAAUUAAUGAACAUAUAUGAGGAAGAGAAGGCAGAACUGACAGAGCUGGAGGAACAUUUUGCAAUUCUUGACCUGGAGUACUCCCAGAUAAUGGAGGAGCGACAGCAGGCUCAGGAGCAGAGGGAACAGCAGGAGAGAGAUAGAGAGUUGCAUAGCCAAGCCGCCAUUAUCAUCCAGGCCCACUGGAGAGGCUUUUGUGUACGCAAGGCCAUGAAGGCCAAAGCAAAGCCCAAGAAAGGAAAGAAAGGAAAGGGGAAAAAAGGGAAAUGAAAGAGAAAAACAUUAAAGAAAAACAGCAUUAAAGAAAC